AUGACGGACCACAAGAAGAGGAGCAAGAAGGCCAGGCGGAUCUCGGAGGAGCCAGAGAUCCGUCUGGGAGCGUGCGCAUUAUCCCGGCUGUGGUUCCCGUCUGGGGACGAGGAGGAAGUAAUCCUCCGUCCCGCCGAGACAGAGUCCAGCGACCCCGUCCUCCAACCGCCAUUCAGGCGGUAUGAUUACCGGCCCGAGGGACUGGCCAACGGAGGAGGGAUACGGAAGGGGAGAGACGCCAUUCCGCGCGUCCCCCGCUCUGUUAAAGGGACCACGCCAGUUUCGCCCGCGGUCCUGGCCAACCGGUUCUUCACCCUCCAGGGGUUAUACUGGAGGCCCGUGCAGCCGCUGCCGCCUGCGCAGCCGCCUUCGCUGCCCCCUUCGCCUGCUGCAGCUCCAGGGCAGGCGCCCCCACUGCAGCCACCUGCAGCUCCAGGGCAGGUGCCCCCACUGCAGCCACCUGCAGCUCCAGGGCAGGCGCCCCCACUGCAGCCACCUGCAACUCCAGGGCAGGCGCCCCCUCCGCCUGCUCCAAGUCCUGACCGCGCUCCAAGUCCUGACCGCGCUCCAAGUCCUGACCGCGCUCCAAGUCCUGACCGCGCUCCAGCAGCUCCAGAGGCGCCCCCUCCACAGCUGCCUCCAGUCCCUUCUCCCCCUGUGACUGUGUCUCCCUCGCCCCGGCGAACUCGACCUCGACCUGGGGUCAUGUCUGUGUCCCGUAAAGGGAGGGGACACAGACGCAGGACUGGGGUCCCGCCCACCCUGCCCCCUGGCUCGCCCUGCCUCGCCUGCGCUGGGGCUCGGAUGGCGCCCGCAGGUCCUGGCCCUCCGGGUCGGCUGUCGCCUGCGGGUCCCUCUCCGGUGCCUCGUCGCCCUGCCUCGCUCCCCCCUCCGGUGCCUGGUCGGUCGCCUGGGGGCUCCCCGACGGCGGCUCCUUGGUCGCCUGCGGGGCCCCUACCUUCAGCCCGUCGGAGGACGUCGCCGCCUGCGGCGGCUCCCCCCCUCGCCUUGCCUUCGCCCUGGCCCCUUCCAGCUCCCUCGUCCCCUUUCCCGGUGCUCCCUCCUGCUCCCUCCCUGGCCCCUCCGCGGGUCCCUCGCCCUGUCUCCUCAGCCCCUUCUCGGUCCCCUCCGGCUCCGGCCUCCCGGCCGCCUGCGGCCCCUCCGGCUACCUCCCGUCGCCCGCUGGGUCUCCCUCGGGCUCCCCCUAGUUCCCCCUCCUUGUCUCCCUACGCCCCUGCCUUUGUCCCGCCUGUCUCUGCCCCUCUGUUUUCUGCUCGCCCUUUCGUUCCGCCCGUCUCUGUUCCUUGUGCCCCGGUGUACCCGCCUUGCACUCCUGGCCCCUUUGUUCCGCCCGUUCCUUCUGUGUCUCCCUUCCUGGUUUGCCUGUCUGCCUUCCCGACCCUCUGUCAGGUUUUGUCUUUUGUCUUGUCCCUCGCUCUGUUUUGUGCCUCGGUCCUGUUCCCUGUCCUGCGUUGAU